GGACAGGGAAGGAAAGAGAGUCAGAGCAGCGGGGCUGUGGACUACGAUGGAUCGGAACCGCGGUCACUCCGUGAAGCUGAAUGAUGGACACUUCAUGCCAGUGCUUGGAUUAGGCACUUAUGCCCCUGAGGACACUCCUAAGAGCAAGGCUGGCGAGGCAACCAAAACGGCUAUUGACGUAGGUUACCGACACAUCGAUUCGGCAUACAUGUAUCAAAAUGAGAACGAGGUUGGAGAGGCCAUUCGAGAGAAGAUUGCGGAUGGUACUGUGAAGAGAGAGGACAUAUUCUACACCACCAAGCUUUGGCCUACUUUCUUUCAACCAGAAUUGGUUCAACCAGCACUGGAAAGAUCUCUGAAGAAACUUCAACUGGACUAUGUGGAUCUCUUCCUUAUUCAUGUACCAUGUGCUCUUAAGCCUGGGGAGGAAUUGCUGCCAGAGGAUGCAAGUGGGAAAGUCAUGUUAGACACUGUGGACAUUCGUGACACAUGGGAGGCCCUGGAGAAGUGUAAAGACUUGGGUUUAGCCAAGUCCAUCGGAGUGUCUAAUUUCAAUCACAAGCAACUGGAGAUGAUCCUGAACAAACCAGGGCUCAAGUACAAGCCCACCUGCAACCAGGUGGAAUGUCACCCUUAUCUCAACCAGAGCAAACUCCUGGAGUUCUGCAAGUCCAAGGACAUUGUUCUAGUUGCCUACAGUGCGCUGGGAUCCCACAGAGACCCAAAGUGGGUGGACAGUGACAGCCCACAUCUCUUGGAGGAGCCAGUCUUAAAAGCCAUUGCCAAGAACCACCAUAGAAGCCCAGGCCAGGUGGCCCUGCGCUACCUGCUGCAGCGGGGCAUAGUGGUUCUGGCCAAGAGCUUCAAUGAGAAAAGAAUCAAAGAGAACUUCCAGGUGUUUGACUUUGAAUUGACUCCAGAGGACAUGAAAGCCAUUGAGGGCCUCAACAGAAAUUUCCGAUACGCUAAAUUCCAGUUUGUUGCUAAUCACCCUUAUUAUCCAUUUUUGGAAGAAUAUUGACCAUGAGCUAUCAAAUAUCACCACCAGAAGUUCCUGCUUCUAGGAUGUGUGGAGAGGAUGUCUAUAGUUGGCGGAGGAGAUUAGGAAGUAGUGUCUGUAAUUUCAGGUUGCUUUCCUUUCCUUUUUUCAUUUAUGAACUAACAAAGAUUUCAA